CGCUCCCGCGCGUCCCGGAGCCUCACGGCGCGGGAGAACCGGCCGGCAGUUGGCACCGGAGGCGAUGGCACGUUGGCUGCCUCGCUCUCCCGCCGGCAGCCUCGGGCGCCCGGAGCCAGCUGUCCAGGCGGCGGCGCCGUGCUGGGGACCGGGAGCGGGAGGGCGGGAGGCGACCAGGCUGGAGGCGGCGGCGGCAGAGGCCGGCCGGUCGGCGCUCCAGCAGCCCAGGGCGCGCCCUAGCCGCGUCCGCACCCUGGAGCGCGGGGCUCCGGCGCCCGCCCGGCCCGCGUUCCCGCGCGGCCACAUGGCUCCGCUCCGCGCGCUGCUUUCCUGCCUGCUGCCCCUGCACUGUGCGCUCUGCGCCGCCGCGGGCAGCCGGACCCCAGCAGGGCUGCCCCUGUCCGGAAGGCUCAGUGACUACGGUGUGACCGUGCCCCGCAGCACCGAUUUCCGCGGACGCUUCCUCUCCCAUGUGGUGUCUGGCCCAGCAGCAGCCUCUACAGGGAGUGCGUCCGAGGACAGGCCACCUGCACCACCCUCACGCUCUGGCCACCUGCGGGUGGCCCGCAGCCCCCUGCGCCCCAGAGGAGCCGCUCCACAGCCUGACCGGCUCUACUUCAACGUCACUGUGUUUGGGGAGGAACUGCACUUGCGCCUUCGGCCCAACCGGCGGCUGGUGGUGCCCGGAGCCUCUGCGGAGUGGCAGGAGGACUUUCGGGCGCUCUUCCGGCAGCCCUUGCAGCAAGAGUGCGUCUACACCGGGAGUGUCACAGGCAUGCCAGGGGCAGCCGUCGCCAUCAGCAACUGUGAUGGAUUGGCGGGCCUCAUCCGCACAGAUGUCACCGACUACUUCAUUGAGCCCCUGGAGCGGGGGCAGCAAGAGAAGGAGGCAGGCGGGAGGACACACGUGGUGUACCGCCGGGAAGCCGUCCAGCAGGCGUGGGCAGAGCCUGGAGGGGACCUUCACAAUGAAGCCUUUGGCCUGGGCGACCUUCCCAACCUGCUGGGCCUGGCGGGGGGCCAGCUGGGAGAAGCGGAGCGGAAGCGGCGGCAUGCCACGCCGGGCAGCUACAGCAUCGAGGUGCUGCUGGCCGUGGACGACUCCGUGGUGCGCUUCCACGGCAAGGAGCACGUGCAGAACUACGUCCUCACCCUCAUGAACAUCGUGAAUGAAAUUUACCAUGACGAGUCCCUGGGGACACACAUCAACAUUGCCCUCGUCCGCUUGAUCAUGGUUGGCUACCGACAAUCCCUGAGCCUGAUUGAGCGUGGGAACCCCUCCCGCAGCCUGGAGCAGGUGUGUCGCUGGGCCCACUCCCAGCAGCGCCAGGACCCUGGCCACGCAGAGCACCACGACCACGUCAUCUUCCUCACCCGGCAGGACUUCGGGCCCUCAGGUAUGCAAGGAUAUGCACCUGUCACUGGCAUGUGCCACCCCCUGAGAAGCUGUGCCCUUAACCAUGAGGACGGCUUCUCUUCCGCCUUCGUGGUGGCCCACGAGACUGGUCAUGUGCUCGGCAUGGAGCAUGACGGUCAGGGCAACGGCUGUGCGGAUGAGACCAGCCUGGGCAGCGUCAUGGCACCCCUGGUGCAGGCUGCCUUCCACCGCUUCCACUGGUCCCGCUGCAGCAAGCUGGAGCUCAGCCGCUACCUUCCCUCCUACGACUGCCUCCUUGAUGACCCCUUUGCGCCCGCCUGGCCCCAGCCCCCGGAGCUGCCUGGCACUGACUAUUCAAUGGACGAGCAGUGCCGCUUUGACUUCGGCACCGGGUACCACACCUGCUCCGCGUUCACGACCUUUGAGCCCUGUAAGCAGCUGUGGUGCAGCCACCCUGACAACCCGUACUUCUGCAAGACCAAGAAGGGGCCCCCGCUGGACGGGACCGAGUGUGCGCCAGGCAAGUGGUGCUUCAAAGGUCACUGCAUCUGGAAGUCACCAGAGCAGACUUACGGCCAGGAUGGCGGCUGGAGCUCCUGGAGCAACUUCGGGUCAUGUUCGCGGUCAUGCGGGGGCGGAGUGCGAUCCCGUAGCCGGAACUGUGACAAUCCCUUCCCAGCCUACGGAGGCCGCCUGUGCUCAGGGCCCAUGUUCCAGUACCAGGUCUGCAACAGCGAGGAGUGCCCGGGGCCCUACGAGGACUUCCGGGCCCAGCAGUGUGCCAAGCGCAACUCCUACUACCUCCAUCAGAACGCCAAGCACAGCUGGGUCCCCCAUGAGCCUGACGACGACACCCAGAAGUGCGAGCUGAUCUGCCGGUCAGAAGACACAGGGGAUGUGGUCUUCAUGAACCAGGUGGUCCACGAUGGAACACGCUGCAGCUACCGGGACCCCUACAGUGUCUGCGCCCGUGGAGAGUGUGUGCCCGUCGGCUGUGACAAAGAAGUGGGGUCCAUGAAGGCAGACGACAAGUGCGGGGUCUGUGGCGGCGACAACUCCCACUGCCGGACUGUGAAGGGGACGCUGGGCAAGGCCUCCAAGCCGUCAGGAGCUCUCAAGCUGGUACAGAUCCCAGCAGGUGCCAGGCACAUCCAGAUCGAGAAGCUGGAGAAGGCCCCCCACCACAUCGCGGUGAAGAACCAGGUCACAGGCAGCUUCAUCCUCAACCCCAAGGGCAAGGAAGCCACUAGCAGGACCUUCACUGCAAUGGGCCUGGAGUGGGAAUACGCAGUGGAGGACGCCAAGGAAAACCUCAAGACGAGCGGACCCCUGCCCGAAGCCAUCGCUGUCCUGGUGCUCCCCCCGGCUGAGGGUGGCCCCCGCGGCAGCCUGGCCUACAAGUACGUCAUCCACGAGGACCUGCUGCCCCUCAUCGGGAGCAACAACGUUCUCCUGGAGGAGACGGACACCUACGAGUGGGCGCUCAAGAGCUGGGCCCCCUGCACCAAGGCCUGCGGAGGAGGUAUCCAGUUCACCAAAUAUGGCUGUCGGCGCCGACGAGACCAUCACAUGGUACAGCGGCACCUGUGCGACCACAAGAAGAGGCCCAAACCCAUCCGUAGGCGCUGCAACCAGCACCAGUGCCCCCAGCCUGAGUGGGUGAUGGAGGAGUGGAGCACCUGCAGCCGGAGCUGUGGGAAGCUGGGGGUGCAGACUCGAGCAGUGCAGUGCCUGCUGCCCCUCUCCAACGGUACCCACAAGGCCAUGCCAGCCAAAGCCUGCCUCGGGGACCGGCCGGAGGCCCGGCGGCCCUGCCUCCGAGUGCCUUGCCCAGCCCAGUGGCGGACGGGAGCCUGGUCCCAGUGCUCUGCCACCUGCGGAGAGGGCAUCCAGCAGCGGCAGGUGGUGUGCCGGACCAAUGCCAACAGUCUCGGACAGUGCGAGGGGGACAAGCCGGACACCAUCCAGGCCUGCAGCCUGCCUGCCUGCAGAGGAAACCUCCAGAACUCUACCGUGAGGCCUGGCGUCCAGGCACUUGUGACCCCACAAUCUGGGUCCCUACAUCCUGUUAACAAGAUAACAUCAACAGAGCCCUGCAUGGGGGACAGGUCGAGCCUCUGUCAGAUGGAGGUGCACGAGCGCUACUGCUCCAUCCCCGGCUACCACCGGCUGUGCUGUGAGUCCUGCACCAAGAAGGCCUCAGGCCCUGCUGCCAGCCUGGACCCCGGCCUGACCUCACCACCACCCUUCUCCACGCCUGGGAGCCCCUCGCCGGGAGCCAAGACCCCUCCAGAUGCUGUGGAGCCCACUGUGGGGCCAACGGGCUCAGACAACCAUCCGCAUGGCCGACCCACACAGCUCCCAGGACCUCUGGGUACAAGCCCCCCGGUGACCCAGCGCCUCGGCUUUGCUCCCCAAAAACUGAGUCCUGGAGCAUUGCGGAGUACUUCCCCUAACGCUACCCGGGGGCAGCCUUGGGGCUGGACCCCUGGCCCACCUCUGCCAGCCUCUGAAGAGAAAGGGCAACUCAGGGAAGACCUGAAGCAUCCGGGCACCGGCCUUCCAGCCACCUCCCCGGUGACAUGAGCCCCGUCCUGCCCAUCCCGCCGCCAGUCAAGUUUACACUCUGUGGGCCCAAGACCUCCAGCUCAGAGGACACCCAGCAGGCCAGGGGCAAGCACAAACUUCCUUUUAAAUUAUUUGCCUUCUUGUUCUAGUUUCGGGCUGUGAUACUUUUCACCUGUGAAAUGGGUGUGCGAGGAAGAAAAAAAAUCAGGGAAAACCGUAACCUGAGAUACCUCAGCAAGCAGCCCUGGUGACUGAGUCGAACCUCUCAGGGGCUCCUGUCUGUCUCUCCUGCCAGGACUGAGGGCCAGCUGACGCCCUGUCCUCACAGCCACUGGGUCCCACACUGGAUCCGUCCAGCUGCCUGUCUUCACAGAACCUGUGGGACCCCUGUGCAGGCCCUGUCUACCUGGCCCCUCUGCACAGAGGGGCACAGCAGGGCCAGGGAAGUUGAGGGCGGGGCCUGGGGCAGUCAGAGAGGAAAGGAGCUGGGGGUGAGGGCGGUUGGGGGGCUCCGGCUGCCGGGCUGGGGCAGGUGGGAGGCGAGUUCAUCUCUGGCCCAGGCUUUUGUAGCAAGAGCUCCGUGCAGCUCUUCCAGCCAAGGCCAAGGGGCGGUCAGCUCGCCACCAGUGUUGGUGGCCACCUCUGCCUCGGUAGGCGGCACUUUCUGCUGCUUCUGGGACCUCCAGUCUACAGGUGGGCCUCCCAGCCUCACUCCGGCUCACCCAAGGGGGCUCUGGACACUCUAGAAAGUGUCUUCCUCAUCCAGGGAUUUCCCAACUGGUGCUAGAGCCAUGGCUAGACCAGGAACGGCAACUAGGUCAUCACAUCACUCCAGGGCGUGAAGGGAGACGACCUGGAAGGGGACACAGAGGGGGACGUGUGUUCUCAGGCUGUGCCCCGUCAAUCAUUGCCCUUUGCCAAAGACCACUCCUGCUGGAGGUAGGGGUCCUCUUCUCCCACCUGGCUCCAGCUGGGCCAGAGGUUUGUGGUGCUGAUGGGGGACGGGGGGUGGGGGUAGGUCAGGCUUCAGAGCUGAGGACCAGAGUCCACUCAUAGCCGGGCUCUGGAAAUGACAGGGGCCACCCCGGGCGGGAUAUGAGCCUCUGCCCCCUGCUGGGGUGGGGAGGAGACGCUGACCGACAGCACUGUGGUGCCUCAGCUGCCCCUACCCCCUUACGUCCAAGGGCAGGUAACUUCCCUUGACCCUCUGGCUCUCUGGAAGCCACCUGAAUCCCCAAGGGUCCCUCCCAGGGGCCUCACCCCAAGUGGUGCAAGGGUCUCCCAGACCCUUCAGCAGCUGUAGAGGUGCUUGCUAGCUCUUCCUUCCAGGUGAGGGCUGUUCUGAGCCAGGCCAGCGAGAUAGGAGCAGUGGGCCGGCCUGGGAGUGCCUGGGGCGGAGAGCCCUCCACAUGCUGCCUGCCCCUCCUGAUGCUGGGCACACACUGAACCAUUCCUGGGACCCCGCCUGCCUGGGAAAGGGCUGUGAACUCUGCUUUUGAGAUCCAGAUCUUUGAAUUGUUAUGUAUUUAUUAACAUUGUCCUUGGUGGUUUGUUCUGGA